AUGAGGCCAGUCCCGCCCAGGGAAGAGACCGAGUCCCCGAUUCUAAAAUCGAGGAAAGAUAGCAAGAGAAAAAGGUCUUCGACACCCGAAGACCCCCAAGACAGGAGGGCCCCUACUCGAAGGCUAAGGAGGAAACUCAUUCACGUGGACAUAGACUCAGUCCAUCAACUGAAAGAUGAAGAAGAAGAAGACGAGGGCGAAGAAUCGGCACUGGUGACCCGAGCCAGGAAGCCAGUCGAAGCCGUCAAGCCUUCCAAACCGGAGACCCUGCCUCUUGGUGAGGAGGCUCCGAAGAAAAGCGUAGGUAAAGCCCACGAAUCACCUGAGGUCGAGAUCGUUCCUCUUCCUCCAACAAGCACACCAAAGGGGACAAGUACCGAGAUACCUGGAUCUGGACAGAGCGCCCCGAGCGACAUACUCGGGGCCAUGACAAUAGGUCACUCUCCUCCUAUACCAACUUAUUAUGAGGAGGCAAUAAGGAAAGCUCAAGCUCUACAAACGCCUGACCCGAGCGGAGUCCCUGGUGAAGAAGAUCCUUUCCGGGAUUGCUUUACUGGGGUCGAUGAUGCCGCCGACCUCAACAACGCAUCUACCCUAUUCGAAGAGGCUCACCGUCCUUUUGCUCAGGCCAUUACUAGGUUCAGGGCCGAGCAGAGCCAAUGUAAGGCCGAGCUCAAGAAGUCUUUGGCAGAAGGGAAGCUGCAGCGAAAAUUGGAGAUGAUCGGGCAGCUUCGAGGGGAGGUCGAUCAAGUUAAGGCCGACUGCAACCAAUGGAAAGAAAAUAUGGAUCGGCUUGCUGCUGAGAAAGAGGCUGCUCUAGCGCAACUGGCCUUGGCUGAGACCCAGCUCUGGGGUGCUAAAGUGAAAAAUAUGGCCCAGGCCAAGAAGAUCGAUGAGCUCGAGGCCAAACUUGCCACAACCGGGGCUGAGGUUGCUGAAGCCAGGGCCGAGAAGACGAAGGCCACAACUGAAAAAACCGUUGCUGUGUACCUAAGGGAUGCUGAGGCUGCUCAAAUGGAAUUAAGGGAAGCCUCCAACCGGGAGAAACGGAGCAAUGAUAUAGUUAAGUGUCAAUCCUGGAGGGAGACCCUCGAAGAGAUCCAAGCUCGAGGUUUCAACCUUACCGAGGAGAUAGCCCAAGCAAAAGCGCUCGAAGCCGAUGCUAAGUUUCUCGUCUCCUCUAAUGAUGAUGAUGACGAAGGCAGCUAA